GCUAGUCGUCGGCAGUUAAAGGGUAUUCCUCUGUUACACAGUAACCGCAGUAUCUUCUCCACUGAAUUCACCGACCUUGGGUCAUUUUCAGGACAGAGGCGGUGAGAGAGUGUAGUUCUCUUUCUAUGAGUCAUUGAAAACAGGAAGAGGAAGCAAAGGAAGAAAGAGCACGAGUGCUGCACCCACAAGGUCUUUGUAGCCUGACAUGCCCGUAUUUCCACUGCUGCUAUGGAGAACACAACUGCUAAAGAGGAGCCAUCUGCUACGCUGAUGUACCGUGUGGAACGACCUAUAUUUAAUGAAGGCCAUAUAGACUCCGAGCUUCUGCAUAGGAAGAAGAGAACACCUAAGUCCUGUAGACGGAGAAUAGCUGAGAAGUUCCGCUGUUCAUCUGGAAAAGCCAAAUCUGUUGCACUUAGUUUUCUGCCCAUUAUAACAUGGCUGCCAUCAUAUCCACUGAAGAAAUACCUGUUUGGGGAUAUUGUUUCUGGUAUCAGCACAGGUGUAAUGCAGCUACCUCAAGGUCUUGCUUAUGCGAUGUUGGCAGCUGUUCCCCCAGUGUUUGGGUUAUAUUCAUCUUUUUAUCCAGUCCUGUUAUACACAUUUUUUGGUACCUCCAGACAUAUAUCAGUAGGCACAUUUGCAGUAAUCAGUCUGAUGAUUGGGGGGGUUGCUGUCAGGGAGGCCCCAGACUCCAUGUUUGCAGUUAAUGGGACCAACGCAUCACAGAUUGUGAAUAUUGAGACACGUGAUGCCAGGAGAGUGGAGGUGGUUGUAGCUCUAACAACCCUAGUAGGAAUCAUUCAGUUGGUUCUGGGUCUGCUAAGAUUCGGAUUUUUGGCAAUCUACCUGACUGAGCCGUUGGUGCGAGGUUUCACCACAGCUGCUGCUGUGCACGUCUCAGUCUCACAGCUCAAAUACCUGCUAGGAGUGCACACAGCACGCUUCAAUGGGCCUCUCUCCGUCCUUCAUAGUCUUGAUGCUGUCUUCAGGAACAUUGCAAGCACUAACAUUGCCACUCUUAUUAUUGGACUGGUGUGUUCUGUCUUCCUGUACGCUGUGAAAGAUCUCAAUGAGCGCUUCAAAAAGAAGCUACCUAUCCCUAUCCCUGGAGAGAUCAUAGUGGUAAUUGUCUCCACUGGGAUCUCGUAUGGGAUGACUAUGUCUGAAAACUAUGGUGUAGAAGUUGUGGGAAAAAUUCCGACUGGGUUGCUGCCACCCAAGAUUCCAGACUUCUCAGUAUUGCCAAACCUCUUCACAGAUGCCAUAGCUAUAGCUGUUGUUGGGUUCUCAAUUGCAAUCUCACUAGCCAAAACUUUUGCUCUGAAGCAUGGCUACAGUGUGGAUGGAAAUCAGGAGCUCAUUGCGCUGGGGCUUUGUAACUUUUUGAGUUCAUUCUUCCACACGUUCGUUGUAACUGCCUCAAUGUCACGCAGCCUGGUACAGGAAAGCACAGGAGGACAUACUCAAAUUGCUGGAUUCUUGGCGUCCAUACUUGUGCUACUGGUGGUAGUGGCCAUUGGGUUUGUCUUUCAGCCUUUACCUACAACUGUGUUGGCUGCUAUCAUCAUGGUCAAUCUCCUGGGAAUGUUUAAGCAAAUAAGAGACAUUCCUGCAUUAUGGAGAACCAGCAAGAUUGAAUUGACAAUUUGGCUGGUGUCCUUUUUUGCGUCUGUUCUCCUGGGUUUGGAUUAUGGGCUGGUGGUUGCCAUGGGCUUUGCCAUAUUCACAGUUAUUUACAGAACACAGUGCCCUAAAAAUGUUAUCCUUGGACAAAUCCAAGAUACAGGACUAUACUUUGACAUAGAUGAAUAUGAAGAGGCUGAGGAAUGCUCAGGGAUUAAGAUUUUUCAGUCCAAUACCUCCAUCUACUUUGCAAACAGUGACCUGUAUGUGAGCGCCCUCAAGGCAAAGACUGGAGUUGACCCCGCACAACUUCUCUCUGCCAGAAAGUCACAGCUAAAAUAUGCAAAAAGAGACACCAGAGGGAAGAAGAGCGUAAACCACGGUUCACCUUCGAAGAAAAAUGCUGUUGUUUUAUUGGAUAUGGAGCUGGGUGUCACUCAUGAGGUGGUGUCUGAGGAAAACAAACAGAUGGAUGUAUAUACUAAUGGACAGAUGACAGAGACCCACACUGAGUCAGAAUCUGAGGCCGAUUAUUUCCUGCAGCGUCUAACCCCCAUUCACUUCAUCAUACUGGACUUUACCCCUGUUAACUUUAUUGACUCUGUAGGGGCCAAAACUAUGAAAUCCGUGAUCAAGGAAUUUGCAACAGUGGAUGUGAAAGUUGUCCUUGCUGGAUGUAGCAGGAGCCUUAUCUCUGAUCUCAGGACACUACAGUUCUUCAGUGACCCUGUGACCUCUGACCUAAUUUUCCCUACAAUUCAUGAUGCUGUGUUACACUGUCAGCACUGGAAAGAUAUCCCCACCUGUCCUGAGAUCCUAUGAACACACAAACCAAAUUACAGCACUAACAAUUGAAUUAUGUUUGAGUUGAGGUGUGGUGGAAACCGCUAUUGUUGAAGUACAGAUAUUUCAGUCCAAGUCACUUUAGCUUUUGGAAGUCAUGGGAACACGAGGGGGCUGGGAAGGUUAAGCUGCAAUGAACAGGCCAAAACAUUAGAUCCAUUUGAGAUGGAAAUACUUAAUGUGAACAUACCAGCAAAUGUUGGGCUUAACAUCAUUGGCGCUUUUGUGGUAUUACACAGGCCAUGAUUGUAACUUGUUACUGACGUUUAUUGGCAAGUAUAGAACACUCUGUUCCCUUCUUUUAAGUGCAAUUAGCGUAAAGAACUCUUGACCAAAGUUUUUGGAUUGGUUUUUAGCUUUUAUUGACAUUCCAGUGAGAUUAUUUUCAUGAUAGAAAUUUUAGUUUUUGUACGCCAUGUGCUUGCUGUUUGUUACCACAUUUGAACCUUUUUCUUUUCACAAUAUUUGAUUUUUCUGCAAGGCCAGUUUCUCAACUGGCUGUAGAUUUCAACAAAUAAGCAGUUUAGUAUGUUACAUACAUGGUUGGGAAGUUUACUUUUGAAAUGUAUUCCACUACAGGUUACAGAAUACAUGCUGUAAAAUGUCAUUUGUAACGUAUUCCAUUAUAUUACUUAAAUUCAGUAACGUAUUCUAAAUACUUUAGUUUACUACUUCAGCACUGGUAAAUUUUUUUACUUGUGUUGACUGUAAAAACUCUGCCAGUACAGAAAGACAAAAUACACGUGUUAAAAAUACAUUCUCUGAAAACAUAAAUAUCUAAUGCAGUGUUGUUUCUAAAUCAAGAUUAAUCAAUUUGAUCUUGUUUUAAGAAUUUUUAAAAUAGGAAAACAAUACAAAAUAAUUAUCAAGAAUAUAAUUUUUGACCUAAUAUCAAAGGUCUUACUAUAUUUUUUUUUUUUAUUAUGAUCCAACAUGAAUUUUCUUGAUAAAAAAUAUGAUUGUGCCUGGUAAUGUGCAAGUAAAAUGGCUAGAAAUAGCAUUUUAGCUUGGUGUAAAGCUGACAAUUUACACAAGGUUUAUCUCUAUUUCUUCUGCUCCAAACUUACUUCAAACUUCUCUGUCUGCUCGUAUGAAUGUAACACAUAAGAAAGUGUUGCACCGCUGUUCAAAUGCACUUUGUAUUGCAUCAUUUAUAUGUAGAAAGGUUUUCCAUUUGAAAGCACUAAAUAUUUAAUGAAACAAAUGACAAUAAAAUGCAAAAUAAUCACAUCAGUAAUCAAAAUACUUUUUGAAUGUAACCAAUGAUUUAAAUUGUAAUUGUAGUGGAAUACGGUUACUUAUAUUUUAUAUUUUAAAUACGUAAUCCCGUUACAUUUAUUCCGUUACUGCCCAACCCUGGUUACAUUUUACAAAAAGCUCAUCAUGGUAGGCUAUUGCACUGUUGUGAGGAUGCUGAUUUCCAUUUCUUUUUAUGUUUUAAACUGAUGUUUCUGAGAAGGCAGUAUUAUCUCCCAGAUAUUUAUUGUAUGUUUUCAUUUUGUUUUAGUGAUGAACUCCAUUCAAUCUAUGUAACACUUUAUGCUAAUAGAAAAUCAUAGCUGCUCCCAGUUCUCUUGCAACAUCUCAUUUACACUCCAAAAAACGUUGGGUUAUUUAUUUUACCCAAUAGCUGGUUUAAACAUAUUGGGUCGUUGGGUUAUUCCUAAAGUUUAUUGAGUUGUUUCUACAAUAACGAAUUGUACAAAAACGUCUCGCUAGGACAUUUUAAAUUUCAACGGUCUACCAGUGCCACUGCCAACAGAAGAUACAGAGGUACUUAAUAAUAUCACGUUAUAUGAACGCUUUUAGUUUUCUUUAUCAACAUACAAUAAUAGCUGAAUAUUAAAUAAUUAAGUAAUUUCCCCUUAAUUUUGGGUCUGCUGUAUUGCUGCACUUGCUAUAAAUCCUGCCUAUUUUAAACUGUGACGUAAAAACUAU